GCGGCAAAGAUUUGGUUACUGGAGUAUUGCCCGACGUGAUAACGAUCAAUCAAUUACACCUCUCUGCUGAGCUUGCUCACCACCAUACCCAAGAGUUCAGGUUGUAUGAUUUUCACUGUACUCUACCUAUCUAAGUAGUAACUGCCACACUUACGCUUGGCCACAUCCAUCCUUUGUUUUCACUAUCCGCAAUGUUCCACUAUAUGCACUAGUUCCAGACACAGUGUACUACAUCGUCACAUCAUCUUAUAAAUCACCCAAGCUUUGUUACACGCUCCACUUUUCACUGCUUUGUGUGGUGCACUGGUGAACUUUCAAGUACCCUGCGACGACGCGUGAGGUCACGCGUCGCGCCUCUGCACUGUUCGGCAUGGACAACGACGAUCUCGUCCUUCCCACUCCCAGUAGUUUCCCUGCAUUUCCAUACGACCCGCCCUAUUCGAUACAGAUAGACUUGAUGCGUCAUGUCUAUACGUCCAUUGAGAAAAGGCAGGUCACCAUCGUGGAGAGUCCUACUGGCACUGGUAAGACACUAAGUCUACUGUGCUCGAGCCUCUCGUGGCUUGUGGACGAGAAAAACCGCGCCCGCAAUGGCCAACUAUUGCAGCAGUCCCUCACAAGUGCUGAGCCUUCAUGGGUAGCAGCUCAGGCUCUCGAUAUUCGGAAGCGCGAGCUGGAGGCAGAGGAUAAGGAAUACGAAGAACGCCUCGCCAAAGCUCGGAAGACCGAGGCUCAUUUCCGUAUGCUGGCUCGGGCACGGGUUACCAAAAAGCAACGCGUGACAGUCGAUCUUGCUCAAGACCAUCUUGACGAGGACGCAUAUCUUCCAGACGACGGCUAUGAAGAUAGCCAAGAUAACUUCUCCCCCGCUGUUCGUGCUCUGAUGGCGAAAAUAGACAAUACCAAACAUAAUCCAGCCUCUCAAGGAGAUGAGCCGUCCUGCACGAAAGUCUACUAUGCUUCUCGCACACAUUCACAACUUUCGCAGGUCCUGCCCGAAUUGACCAAGCUCAAGUUCAAGCACCUCGCAUUGGGCAGUGCGGUUCUAGAUGAGAGCCCAAUGGGAAACAUCUCUCGAGCCGAUCACGAUCCUUGUCAAAAGAAACGGACCCUCGGGAGUGUAGAUGAUGAAAAGUGUGAAACAGAUCAGCGCCAGUGGCGGACCGUACCCCUUGGAUCUCGCAAACAGCUGUGUAUCAACGAGGACGCAAGGUCAAGGUCAGGAGAUAUAGACGAAAAAUGUCGAGAAUUACUGGAAGGGAAGCAAAAUAAACGAUGUCAAUAUUUGCCUCCGGUGGGUGAUGACACCCGCAUGUUCGAUCUACGAGAUCAGAUUCUAGCAUCGCCAAAAGACAUAGAAGACCUUGCCACCGCUGGGAAGAACACGCAAACUUGCCCUUAUUACGGAUCUAGACGAGCAAUACCUCAGGCAGAGCUUGUUACUCUGCCCUAUAACCUGUUAUUGCAGAAAACCGCCCGAGAAGCCCUGGGAAUCGACUUAACCAACCAGAUUGUCAUCAUUGAUGAAGCCCACAAUUUGAUACCAACUCUACUGUCACUUUCAAGUGUCCGCCUGACAUCCAAUCUCCUGUCGACCUCAUUGAAACAGGUCUCAGUGUAUUACCAAAAAUUUCGCAACCGGCUGUCUGCAACGCAUGCAUUGCAUCUGAAGAGGCUUCUUGGUUUUCUCGAUGCAUUCCAGAGGGUCGCAAUGGAUUGGAUGGCGGAGAAGUUCAACGCCAAAUCCAAAAGGCAAGAUACUGAAGUCAUAACUGUGCCAGAUUUCAUCCACAGGCUUGGGAGAAAGGUAGAGGGUAUCAAUCUCCUCGAGAUCGAGUCAUAUCUCAAGCGCAGCAAAAUAGCACGGAAGAUAUCUCGUUAUGCUGUUGAUGUUUGUGAAGGCGAGAAGCCUGGGAGAUAUUCAUCGGGUGUGGCCACGCCGCCACUGCAUACAAUUGAAGCGUUGAUGUUGGGGCUGGCGGGGGCAAGUGAAGACGGUCGACUAAUAUUUUCUACUACUGGAGAUGCUGUCGAGAUUAAAUAUCAGCUGCUGAAUCCAUCAGCGUUGUUCCGCGAUGUCGUGGAGGUGGCACGUUCAGUUGUGCUUGCCGGUGGGACCAUGUCACCAAUGUCUGCUGUAGUGUCCGAGCUUUUCACGUACUUAGCUCAAGACAGGCUGACGACUUUCUCUUGUGGUCAUAUUAUCCCUGCGUCUAACGUGCAGACAUUGCUGCUUACGAAAGGGCCUUCGGGUUUAGACCUGGAGUUCAAAUUUGCACAGCAGAGCAAUCAGCAAGUCGUGUCCGAGCUAGGUCAAAUCGUAUUGAACUUCUGCAAUGUCGUGCCUGGUGGAAUAGUAGUCUUCUUCCCUUCCUAUGCAUCGUUGAAUUUUACAAGAGAGGCUUGGAGUCAGAGUGGAUUACUGGACAAAUUCAGUGUAAAGAAGAAAGUCUUCUUGGAGCCCCAGGAGAGUUCAGGAGUUGAAGUGAUCCUUCGGGAGUAUGCUAUAGCUGCCAAAGCACAUAUGCAACUAGAUAAGAAGACUGGCGCGAUACUAUUUGCAGUUGUCGGGGCCAAGCUUUCAGAAGGGCUGAACUUUUCGGAUGAUCUCGCUCGUGCUGUUGUUGUAAUUGGGUUGCCUUUUGCCAACAAAAAUUCUCCAGAGCUUCAGGAGCGUAUGCGGUACGCGAAUCAAGCAGAGUCGCGAUCUGGGGUAAAGAGACAUGCUGGUGGCAAAGACGCAGCGGCCGAAAUGUAUGAGAACAUGUGUAUGAACGCAGUCAAUCAGAGUAUAGGCCGAGCCAUCCGACACCGCGGGGACUGGGCUUCUCUCGUUCUUAUCGAUCGACGGUUCACGUCCCCUGCGAUUCGCGGGAAACUACCACAAUGGCUAAGAAAUGAUGUGGCAGUUUGUGAGACUUUUGGCCAGGCGAUGAAACAUCUAGGAAACUUCUAUCGAGAAAAGAGACAGCGUACAGUAUGUUGAUAUAGAUAUUUUAUGAAGCGACGCAUUGUAAGGCAUGGCUUGUGAGGGCAUACUGUAGUCUGCUGGGCCCAGGCUGAGC